AUGAGCCGCACCACCGGCAUGUUCGCCUUCGCAGCCUGCACGUUGGGCGCCUGUGCUUUUUUGAUUCCUCCCGGCGUUGCACUGGCUAGCACCGAUGGUCCGCUUACAUACCCUACAUCAAACACCAAGAGUUUUGCUCUCCAACUUCCCUGCUCGGAAUGCGUAUUCUCAUCCAGAGACGAGGCUGUCGCCGACCAUGCUGAGGAUGAUGUCUUCUGGGUUACUGGUGGCGCCAACACAGUGAUUCUGAACUUCACCGUAUCCGACGAUGGCGAGRGACUGGCACUCAAUGGGGAGGACAUUUACCCGAUCCGAUUCACGUCACAUAAUCUUGCCAGGACGUUUGUCGACCAAGUGCCCGCGAUCACGACAUGGGAGGACAUUGAAUCCCGAACUGCGAGGACCACACCGCUCGAACUUACUGGGUCAGCGGUGAUUGUCAACUCCGAGGACGCGAUCUCGCCCCAGGGCGAUGUAAUGGUAUCUCUCAAGCAUACCAUCCUCGAGCUGGAGCAUCAAAGCGUAUCGGUCGAUGCCGUCUCAAUAAAGCUGCUGAAGACUGCAUCUGGGGAGCUUAUGAUCGCACACGUCGAGACCGUGGAAAGACUACCUCCACGGCCAAAUGAUGCGUUCGGGCGGCCACCACCAUUCGAGCUCGAGCGUUUCGAGGAGGUUACUGAUGAGCUCGGAAGCUCACUAAUCCCGUCAGGGCUUUUCCAUGUCGAGGGUCCACGUCCGGAUAAUAUCGGAUCUUUGAAGGAGUGUGAUGUGCUUCCCACCGCGUUGUGCAAGCUCAGGGCUGCGGUCCAGACCAAAAUACAUAGCAUGAAGGAUGGCAUCAGAAAGGGAGGAUGCCAUGGGUCCAAAGGCAUGGGUCGUCCGUCUUUCAUGGAUCGUCUGCCUGAACACAUCAGGCCACACUUUCUACGUCCAGAUCAUGACGAAGACGGCCCGCCCUCACCCCACCACGGCCGCCCUCACCACAUGCGGCCUCAUGGGCAUCACCACCAUCAUCACGAGCACAGCUUUAUGCAGUCGUUCUCUAGUGGCUUCACUGCUGUACUCAUUCCUACAUUGGCUGGUAUUGCCRUAGGAAUGAUCGUCAGCCUACUUGGUCUCUUUGUUGGCAGAUUUAUAAGGUUCCUCUGGAUUCGGGUCUACCGUGGAGACCGUCGUGGCUACGCCAGUGUUGCACUUGAUGACAGCUGUGUCGAAGCUGACGCGGAGAAGGGGUUCCCGCCGGAGGAGGAUGUGGAGGAGCUUCCUGCUUACKAGCAUGCACCGGCAUAUGUCGAGGUCAUGAAGUAG